AACGGCAACGGCGGCAGCCAGCACCAAGCGGAGCGGGCCACCAUGGGGAAAAUCGCGCUGCAACUCAAAGCCACGCUGGAGAACAUCACCAACCUCCGGCCCGUGGGCGAGGACUUCCGGUGGUACCUGAAGGUGCGGCCGGGGCGGGGCCCGGGGAGAGGCGGCCCGUCCCGAUCUCAGUGCUGAACCGGAGCCCUCCGGCAGUAUGAGAAAAUAUUUAACCAGGCACAUUAAGUGUUCGGGGUGUUCCUAGUUAGAAUUUUACGUUUGCUUUUUAUUAAAGUGUAUUGGUUUAUCUCUAAUUGGCAGUCUUAGAAAGCUUCAUUUUGUAGUUCUUCCUGUGUUAAAUAUUUUGUGGUCUGUAAACGGACACUAAACGAAAUGCUACUUGAAGGGACGUUGUGAUUAUUUAAUAAGAUGAAAUGUGGCAACUGUGGUGAGAUUUCGGACAAGUGGCAGUACAUCCGGCUGAUGGACAGUGUGGCACUGAAGGGGGGCCGUGGCAGUGCUUCCAUGGUCCAGAAGUGCAAGCUGUGUGCAAGAGAAAAUUCCAUCGAGAUUUUAAGCAGCACCAUCAAGCCUUACAAUGCUGAAGACAAUGAGAACUUCAAGACAAUAGUGGAGUUUGAGUGCCGGGGCCUUGAACCAGUUGAUUUCCAGCCCCAGGCUGGGUUUGCUGCUGAAGGUGUGGAGUCAGGGACAGCCUUCAGUGACAUUAAUCUGCAGGAGAAGGACUGGACUGACUAUGAUGAAAAGGCCCAGGAGUCUGUGGGAAUCUAUGAGGUCACCCACCAGUUUGUGAAGUGCUGAUCCCUCUUCCUUCCCAGUUGCCCUUAAGAACUGAGAAAGGACAAAGUACUCUACGCAGCAGAGCCCACAGAGGCUGGUUCCUUUGAUCCUUGUCUCCUGGUGGCUAUACGAAACCUUCACAAUCUGCAUGCUGGACUUUAUUACAGUUUCCCAAGCCCCAUCAAUAAAGCCCCUGUUCAUGCUGCACUGGUGCAUGAAGGUGAAGUAAAGAGGCAGCUACUCCCUCCACAAAUAAGAAGUCAUGCAGCAGCAGUUCACUCCUUAGGAAAAUGAAGAGUAUUUUUAAGGAGAUGGUAUCUCCCCAGUCAAGGGCAAGUUUACAGAGAUGAAACCGCGAUCCCACCAUCACUCAAUGAGCCAGAAGCCAAUGGUGACGUACUGUUACCUGAACUUACUGAACUUGCUGUUGGAAAGAUGUUUGUGAGGAUUAGGAAUUAGGUUAAAAGAAAUUAAGAACCAUCUUCAAGCAAAAAUUAAACUUUAUUUCUGCUUAAACAAUAAAUACACCUGAGUUAGUUUUCCAAACCUUUCCUCCUGAUUAAAUGCCCUUAAAACU